CCUUUGAUUCAGUAACCAGUAAUGACUAUUAUUUAAGUGAGGCAGCGCACUUCUCAUUUCCGUCCAAUUUCUAAUUUAACAAAACUUGGGUCUUCGUUCCCUCCACUCCCGCGAAAGAUAAACAAGCUAAUCGAAAACUAUGGGGACGUCUGUUGAUGCUGCAAUAAAGGAGGAAAAUGGAAAUGUAGCUGAGAAGAAGCCUACAGUUGUUUUUGUUUUGGGUGGCCCAGGCAGCGGAAAGGGUACCCAGUGCACAAAUAUUGUCCAGCACUUCGGUUAUACUCAUCUCAGUGCUGGAGAUCUUCUUCGAGCAGAAAUCAAUUCUGGCUCUGAAAAUGGAACCAUGAUUCAAGACAUGAUUAAGGAGGGGAAGAUUGUGCCCUCGGAGGUAACAAUUAAUCUUCUUCAAAAAGCAAUGCAGGAAAGUGGAAAUGACAAAUUUCUGAUUGAUGGUUUUCCUCGUAAUGAGGAAAACCGUGCAGCAUUCGAAGCUAUUACCAAAAUUGUGCCAGAGUUUGUCUUGUUCUUUGAUUGUUCUGAAGAAGAGAUGGAGAGACGCCUUUUGAAUAGGAAUCAGGGAAGAGUAGAUGAUAACAUCGAGACAAUAAGGAAGCGGUUUAAAGUAUUUUUAGAGUCUAGUAUCCCGGUGGUUGAGUACUAUGACUCCAAGGGAAAAGUUCGGAAGAUUGAUGCCGGUAGAUCAGUUGAGGAGGUUUUUGAGGCGGUUAAAGCAAUUUUUACCCAAAAAGAUGAGAAGGCUGCAGUCUAGGUGUUGCAAUAAUGCCAGAGAUAUUGAAUCAAAUAUAUAUUAAGGUGAUGGUUUUUGUUGAUUGCGUGCCAUUUAUACUUUGUUGUGUAAGGUGUUAUUGUUUACUGGGUAUUCUUUUGUGUAAGAGGUUCGGUACUUAGCUGAUGAUGUGAUGAGAGGCACAUGUAUCUCUAUAUUCUUGCUACUGUAUGUUCCAAUAACGAGAUUAAUAAUAAUAAUAAUAAUAUUAUUAUUAUUAUUA